AUCGGGGCUUUCAGAGGCAGACAUCGCCGGUUCAAGGCCUGCAUUGGUGCAGAGGUUCACAACGGAUUCUCGGAUCUCGCACUCCACCCCCUGAAUGCCAUGAGACUCGAAUAUUCCUUUACACUAAAAGCAAUUGGAUGCCCAUCACGCCAGGACAGUGAGUCUGGAAGAACCGCGAUCAUAAGCCUGAGUGUAUACUCUCCAUCCAGUCCAACUCGUAGAAUAUCGAGAGCGGUCCAGUUUAUCCCAUCCACUGCCUUCAGAAUCUGAGCCCUUAGGGAGGAUGAUCCGUCGUUCCACUGCUGGUGUAAUUGGGGGUGCCUACCAACAGGUUGGAGGACUCUUGGCUACAUAUUUUGUGUACCCAGGAAUGUGAUAGGCCCUGGCAUUUGCGGGUUCACCCACAUACGUGUACCUGACCGAGCGAUGAGUCGAGGGCGUGAUGGUAGCCCAUAGUAGUAGAGGCGUGCCUCCUCCUCAGAUGGCGGUCUUCCGAAAUGCACCGGCUGAGCCAUUGUAAAGUCGCAAGAUCUGGAUGUGGUUCUGCGUUUCUUAGGAUCUGAUAUUGUGGCACUUAAGGUCCCCUAGACUUCCGGUGGUAGUGUGUCUGUAUCAGUUGUGGUCCUGCGAUGGUCUGCUGUUUUUCUCUUGGAUGGCGAAGUCCAUGUCGUGGUCUGUGACUCGUGUCCCAUCGCGUGUUUAUAUAGUUG